AUGGCUAAGGCUAUCUUUUGGAACGAGCAUUAGACCUAAUAAAGUUCCUUUCAAAUAAGUUCUUUAACCUGGUUAGGAUUAGGAAUAUCCAAUUUGAGAUUGAAGGAUCCAAUUGCAGAAGAAUGUCUUUGUCAAGCAAGCAUUCAUGAACCAUUUAAUGGGGAAGUUUGGGGUUAUUAGGCACUUAAUUGCUUGUAACAAAAAAGAGGUUAGUAGGCUAAACAGUGCUUGCAAAGGAUGGAGUAAACAGAAGUAAAUGAUCUAGAUUUAUUGAUCGAAUUGGCUGAGGAGAUGAACAAAUGUUAAGAUUUUGAAAGCUGUCGAUAAAUAUUGAUGAGAGUCUAUAACUCAAAAGUCAAAAUUCCUAAUAUGGGUUAACUUUUAAAGAAUCUAGGGUCAGUUCAUGCAGAAUUAGGAAGAAAAGAGGAAGCCAAACAGUAUUAUGAGGAGUCAUUGUAAUAUUUGGAGAGUGGAAAUGAAAAGGCUAAAGUAAUUCAAGAAAUGAAGCUUUUAUGA